AGUUGCUGCUCUAGGAGAACUUACUCAAUUGUCUCAAUGGCGUCACGUUCCUACCACCGAAAAUCCCGCUGAUCUCGCGUCUCGAGGUAUAGACCCACGAAAUAUAGUAAGCUGUCAUCUUUGGUGGCAUGGCCCUUCCUUUCUUUUGCAACCCGAUCAUCUAUGGCCUCAAGAAAUUUCACCCGUUUUCGAUUUGCCAGAGUUGAAGACGGUUUCUACUUUGUCAGCGGAAAUAAUAACGACAUCUCCUGUGAUAGAUUUUAAAAGAUUUUCUAAAUUUCGUACCUUACAACGUACUUAUGCAAGAGUUAUUAGAUUUUUACACAACUGCCGUAAUUCUAACAAUAAACUAACUGGCUGUCUGGACGUGGAUGAACUCAAUAAAUCCCUACAGUUCAUUAUCACCCAAGCUCAGAACGAAUCCUUUUCUAAUGAAAUUAUUAGGUUAAAGUCUAAAAAAUCUCUUUCAACAAAGUUAUCUCUCUCUUCCUUAAACCCUUUUCUUGACUCGGAUGGACUGCUUCGAGCAGGAGGUAGAAUCGAUUCUUCCGCCUAUUCUUACGACAAACGUCACCCUAUUAUUCUAAAGUCUGACCAUUUAUUAACAAAACUUUUAUUUCAAAAUGAACAUGAGCGUCUUUUACACGCUGGACCCCAACACGUUCUAGCUUCAAUUAGAGACCGCUAUUGGCCUCUUGGUGGCCGCAACUUGGCAAGAAAGGUAACUCGUAACUGUCUAGUUUGUCGUCGUUUCAAAGGUACGACGAUGAGUAACAUAAUGGGCGAUAUGCCUAACGAAAGAGUUGAGCCAGAUUUUCCAUUUAAUACCGUUGGUACUGAUUUCGCUGGACCGUUCUUGAUCAGUGAUCGAAAGGGCCGCGGAUGUAAAAUAACUAAAUGUUAUUUGUGUAUAUUUAUAUGCUUUCGUUACAAAUGCGUUCACUUGGAAGCCGUCAGCGAAUUAAGUAAGGAUGCUUUUAUUUUAACACUAAAACGAUUUAUAGCUCGCAGAGGUUUACCUAAACUAAUUUACUGUGACAACGGUAGGAAUUUCGUUGCCGCGUCUAAAGAAAUUUCAUCUUUUUUACAGUCAAAUAUUGACACUAUUCAUGAUUAUGCAGCUCUUCGAGGUAUCGAUUUUAAAUUCUCACCUGCAUACGCUCCUCACUUCAACGGUUUAGCCGAGGCUGGAGUAAAAUCCGCUAAAUUUCACAUUCGUAGGGUCUUAGGAAAUAGUCAUUUAACCUUUGAGGAGCUGACUUCUUUGUUUGCUCAAAUCGAGGCUAUCCUAAACAGCCGACCCUUGUGUCCCCUCAGUCCCUCGCCUAAUGAUUUCCAACCUCUCACCCCGGCACACUUUUUGAUUGGCAGGCCGCUUACUUCGCUACCGUCACCAAGCUUCCUGGACUGCAACGCCAAUCGACUCAGCAGGUUUCAGCACUUAGAGCAAAUAAGGCAACACUUCUGGAAACGUUGGACUAACGAAUACAUUGCGGAACUACAACAACGUUCGAAGUGGCGCGCUGAAUCAAGACAUUUGAAGAUCGACGAUCUUGUCCUUGUAAAGGAGGACAAUGCACCUCCAUUAUGUUGGCGCCUCGGUCGAGUCAACAAGUUGUAUCCUGGUCCUGAUGAUGUCCCUCGUGUCGCUGACGUCGUCACUUCUCAAGGGACCGUGCGAAGGGCACUCAACAGACUAUGCUUUCUACCCUCCUCGGAAGAAGACCUGUCUUGAAGGCUAUCGCCUUCAAGGCCCCGGAGGAUGUCUGCGCCAAACUUGACACCUAGCCGAGCGGCGCGGGGGCGACGUCACUCAACUUC